CGGACUGAAAUGUAGGUGAGAGACAAGUUUGGCUCACAUCCUGGGGAAUAAUAACCUAUAACUAGGACGAAGAACAGAAAGUGCUGCCUGGACUUCAACAGGACCUUCAGGCUCUCCCGGCAAGGGAAGGGUUCACCUGCGAAAAUCAAACAACUAGGCUAAUGGGGAUCUUGAUGUUCUGAUUGAUCCUUUGUUCCUGAUUAUUCAGGGUAGACCCUGAAAGAGAAGUCACAGCAAAGAAGUUACCACCAAGCAGGUUCAAAGGUGUCUUCCCCGAAGUGCAUGCUCUCCACUCCUGGGGUAGAGGACCCCCCUGGGCCAGCUUCUGAGUGGCACCUGCCUGCACCAUUCCUCUGCAGCCUCCUCGCCCUUCACUGCUUACCCUUCCAGAUCUGGUCCUGGGGCAACAUUCUUCCCGCCCUGCCCCCCAACAGGACAGUACACUCUCCUCUUCCUCUUCAUGCUCAAGGCCAUGUUGGCCUCACCAGGAGCUUCCAUGUCAGUUAUGAGGAUUCCUGAACACCAGAGAAGUUGUCCCAGAGGGCCGGAAGCAAAGCUGGAGGUGAGACCUGAAGAAAGCUGGAGCCAUGAUGACCUUGUGCACUGUGGAGAUGCAGACUCCACUCCUGGAAAGCCCACCGUCAAUGCAGAAGAGGGAGGUGGGGCACCUCAUAUCUGCCGCGUAUGCGGGGACAAGGCCACUGGUUAUCACUUCAAUGUCAUGACGUGUGAAGGAUGCAAGGGUUUCUUCAGGAGGGCCAUGAAACGCAAUGCCCGGCUGAGGUGCCCCUUUCGGAAGAGCUCCUGCGAGAUCACCCAGAAGACCCGACGACAAUGCCAGGCCUGCCGCUUACGCAAGUGCCUGGAGAGUGGCAUGAAGAAGGAGAUGAUCAUGUCUGACGCAGCAGUGGAGCAGAGGCGGGCCUUGAUCAGGAGGAAGAAGCAAGAACGGACUGGGAUGCAGCCCCUGGAGGCCAAGGGUCUGACUGAAGAGCAGCAGACAAUGAUCAGGGAGCUGAUGGAUGCUCAGAUGAAAACCUUUGACACCACCUUCUCCCAUUUCAAGAAUUUCCGGCUGCCGGAGGUGCUCAGCAGUGGCCAUGAGGUCCUGGAAUCUCCGCAGCCUCCAUCGGUGGAAGAUGGUACCAAGUGGAGCCAGAUCAGAGAAGAUCUAUGCUCAUUGAAGGUCUCUCUGAAGCUGCGGGGGGAAGACGGCAGCAUCUGGAACUACAAACCCUCAGCAGAAGCCAGUGGGAAAGAAAUCUUUUCCAUGCUGCCUCACAUGGCCGACAUGUCAACCUACAUGUUCAAAGGCAUCAUCAACUUUGCCAAAGUCAUCUCCCACUUCAGGGACCUGCCCAUUGAGGACCAGAUCUCGCUGCUGAAGGGGGCUGCCUUUGAGCUGUGCCAGCUGAGAUUCAACACGGUGUUCGAUGCAGAGACCGGGACCUGGGAGUGUGGCCGGCUGUCUUACUGCUUGGAAGACCCUGCAGGUGGCUUCCAGCAGCUUCUGCUGGAGCCUGUGCUGAAGUUCCACUACAUGCUGAAAAAGCUGCAGCUGCACAAGGAGGAGUAUGUGCUGAUGCAGGCCAUCUCCCUCUUCUCUCCUGACCGCCCAGGCGUGGAGCAGCGUAGUGUGGUGGACCAGCUGCAGGAAAGAUUCACCAUCGCCCUGAAGGCCUACAUUGAGUGCAAUCGUCCCCAGCCUGGCCACCGGUUCCUGUUCCUGAAGAUCAUGGCUAUGCUCACCGAACUUCGCAGCAUCAAUGCCCAGCACACCCAGCGGCUGCUGCGCAUCCACGACUUACACCCCUUUGCUACCCCCCUCAUGCAGGAAUUGUUGAGCAUCUCAGAGAACUGAGCGGCUGCCCCAUGGGCGCGCCUCUGGGGGGUAGCCAUAUCCAGAGUCCUCGGAGCCGCCACUCCUGGGGCUAGUCAGAGGGACACUGCCAAGAUCAGACCAUGCCCUACAGGUGCUGCCUUCUCGGGGAACACACGGCAGCUCUGAUGAUGCUGGCCAGCAUUCCACAGGAAGGGACAGGGACCCCUAGCCCCCAGCUCAGUCUGUGGAGAGCAAAGCCACUGACCCUCAGAGAGAGAGUGCAUUGGCCUAGAGAUCAGACCUAUCAGGAGGCAAGGCCACUGCCCCCUUAGAAAAGGCCCUGUGGUCUGGGGAUUUAGUGUCGUGGUAGGAGAGCAGAAAGGAUGGCUGGGGUUGGGCCAACUGAGGGUCUAUGCCCACUCCCAAGUUCAUUAGCUUCUUGGGUUUUUUCACUGCUAUUUCUAGUACUCCUGUCUCCUACUUUCCGCUCACUCUCAACCCACAGCACCUUGUCUUGGGUUGCUUGGGGAGUUCCAGGCCUGUGUUGAUCAGCAGGUGCAUUAGGGUCUAUGGGAAUAUUCUAGGGAGAAGACAGAGAGCCUGCACCAAUGUCAGAGCUUGUCAUGACCAUUCUGUGUGUCCAUUCUUCCCUCCUUAUGUGUCUAUGCAUCCAUUCAAACAUUAAGUACGAACAAUAUGCAACCUGCUGUAUGAUAUAUAUGCUGAACCAGACAUGGAUCCUGACCUCGAAGAGUUUAUAGUCCAGCAAAGAAAACAAAGCAGAAACACAAAUAACCUUGAUCAAAAGGAAAAGUGACAAGUGCCAAUAAUAAGAAAUUUCUUUGUGUGGAUGCUAAGCUAUUCUAGGAUAGUGGGUACACAUGAGGACCUAAGUAAGAGACCCCUGGAACAUGUGGGCACAUGUGUGUGACUUGGUGUAGGUCUGCUCCAUAUCUGAACUGGGGCUUAGGUUUUCUCCUGAGGCUGAAACACUGGGUUGUUUUGACAGGUUAUGCUGACAGGCAGUUAAUAAAUGUGUUAGAUGUGCAUGCACUGUAUGUUCCUGUUUCCAAAUCUAUUAUCAAAACUCAAGAGUAUGAAAGUUUUAUAAAGCUUUGUUUAUAUCCAUUUUGAGUAAAAAUGUUUUUGCUUUUUUGCCAAUUACACUUUAAUUCCACCCUUAAGGCUUAGUUUGCAAAUAUAAUCCUGAGUUUAAUGUCAAAUCAAGGCCUGACAACUUAAAUAACUUUUAGCUAGAGGUUUAAAAACUUUUUUUUUUCUGGCUUCUGGGGAAAAAAGACAUUUAGGGGUGGGAAAAGAGAAACGUCUUACAUAUAAUAUACAAAUUUCUAUUUCCAUUUUUUACUACUUAUUUUAGCAUUGCC